CUAACUGUGAGGGAGACCUCACCAGACCAAGACUAAAUAAAAUGCCAGGGAUAUUUGUUUCUUCUGCAAACUCAAGAGAACUGAAAAGAAUGGAGCACCCUCUGCUAGAAGACAAAACCCAGAAGAAAAAGCCAAGGGCUUUUGGAAUGGACUGGAAAACCUACUUGAAGUCAAUGUUACCACAUCUGGAAUCUGGACUCAAAUCUUCUAGGUCUAAAAGCAUCAUGCUUUCUGCAGAAGAGGUAACGAUGUGGGCCCAAUCUCUGGAAAAGCUUCUUGCCAACCAAACUGGGCAAGAUACCUUUAGAGGAUUCCUGCAGUCCGAGUUCAGCGAGGAGAACAUCGAGUUCUGGUUGGCCUGUGAGGAAUAUAAAAAAACCGAAUCGGAUCAUUUGCAUUGCAAAGCCAAGACCAUUUACAAUGCAUUUGUUCAACCAGAUGCUGCAAAACAAAUCAACAUAGACUAUCACACCCGAGAGUCUACAGCCAAAAUGAUCCAAACUCCAACCCUCAGCAGCUUUGAUGAGGCGCAAAAAAUUGUGUACACUCUCAUGGAGAGGGACUCUUACCCCAGGUUCCUGAAAUCUGAAAUCUAUCUGAACCUCCUGAACGCGCUCCAGGCCAACAGCCUUAAGUGACUGAUUUGAGGCUCAAGGGGCCCUGAAGAAAAGCCCAUGUUCCCAAAACAGAGGAGGACCGACCUGGGGGGAAUUGUGCCUUCCAGGAAGUGGCUGGAGGAUCCGGAGAAGCCCAGGGGAGUCCAGGAAAAAUACUGUGAAAGGAGAAACGCCCUGGGGCGAAGGAAAUGGCAGCUAGACAACUGUGAAAGACAGAAAGGGGAAAGGAGAUCCCACAUUCUGACCAGGAAGCAGUCUCAGAGUCAAAAUGACGCAUCUCUGAAAAGGUCCUGAAACGGCGGCGGCGGCAACUGUGAACGGAGGCCCAAAACUGACUAAGAUGUGAAACCAAGUUUAAACUGACACAUGCCCACGCGGCCCAGAUGAGGAAGUAUCUCAAAUGACUGAAAGGAUUCAGAUGGCAACCUAGGCCUGUUUACACACACAGAGUUCCUCUGGAGCUCAUGCUUUUAGAAAUAGAUAUUGUCUUAUUAGCAUUAUUCUAUUUCCAAACUUGUUUCCUGUGUGGAGGUGGAUGUGCCUGAGCAUCGCCGUGGAUUGAGUUUAGGGAACGUUGUAGCUGGAACUUUAAAGUCGGCCUGUAUUUAUGAUUUAAAUUAUAAACUGUUGUGCCCAAUUACGUUAUGUAACUUUGUAUUAAAGAAUCAUUGCUAA